AUGCUAGAUGAGGAGCACGAACCUCUUCCGACCCCUCGCAACGAUCAUAAUGCAUAUACCCUUGGCUCAAUAUGCGGCCACAACGUCGUCAUAGCCUGCCUACCUAAUAUGGGAACAAACCCUGCCGCGACCGUCGCAACCUCAAUGAUAAACACGUUCCAGUCGAUCAGGUUGGGACUUAUGGUAGGGAUUGGCGGCGGAAUUCCAUCGAAGGUCAAUCUGGGAGAUGUGGUGGUGAGCCAACCUGUUGCGGACUAUCACGGGGUCGUACAAUGGGAUAUGGGGAAGCUGGAGCGGGAUGGGCGGUUUGUCCACACAGGCUCGCUGAACCGACCUCCGAACGCACUACUCAAUGCAUCGAAUCAGCUAAAAAGUAACUAUGAGAUGUUCGGAUCGAAGAUAAAUGAGUACCUGGAUGAUAUGGAACGGAGAUACCCGCGACUAGCGCCAAAAUAUACCAGGCGCGAGUGUUUGGAAGACCCAUCGUUGAUAUUGAAGAGGGGACGUCAGAUUUCGACCAAGCUCUAUAUUCUGUCUCGCUUGUGGCAGGCAAUCAUCACAAUGUUUGCAUAUCUUCUUGGCUCAUGGGCUAUUAGCCCAGUAAAUGAGGAGAACAGGCGGCUGCCCGAGAAAGCAGAGGAAGCACGGACCCAGAGAGAAGUGCGGGUACAUCAUGGCCUAAUUGCAUCCGGGAACAAAGUGAUUAAGGACUCCCAGUCCCGAGACUCCCUCGAUAAAGCAUUCGGCGGGCACUUGCUGUGCGUGGAGAUGGAGGCUGCUGGGCUCAUGAAUGACUUUCCAUGUAUUGUUAUCCGAGGCAUCUGUGACUACGCGGACUCGGGAAAAGAAAAAAGCUGGCAAGAAUAUGCUUCAGCCGUAGCCGCUGCAUAUGCAAAGGAACUUCUAGGAUGCGUGCAGCCUAGUGUUGUUGAUGCCGAGGAGUCAGCGAAAGCUGUGUUGGAAAAUGUCAAGAAACAGAUGAAUAGUGUGCAGCGAAUGAGCGUCGCAAUGAAAGCUAACACCGAUUCUAUCAAGUCUAACCUUCUUACUCAUGAUAUCAAAGCCUGGCUUGAUCCCUCGGACCCAUCUACGAAUGCCAACCAUGCGAGGACGCUCCACCAUAAGGGAACAGGCGCGUGGCUUCUAGAGAACCCCGUCUUCCGGUCGUGGUACUUGGGGUCGCGUCAACAUAUGUGGCUGCACGGGCUCGCCGGAUGUGGAAAGACGGUGCUCAGUACAAUUGUCCUUGAUUGUCUCGCGAAAGGAAACGAUCCCAUUCUCAACUUUUUCUUCGACUUUAGCGACACCAGGAAGCAGACAUAUGAAAGUAUGCUACGGUCGCUUGCUUUCCAGCUUUACCAAGGUGGAUUUGACUCUGCAGUUCAUCUUGAUGCGUUAUUUCAAGCACAUCAGAAUGGCAAAGACCAGCCUGAGAGAAAGGUGCUCUCGGCUCUCUUAUUCAAGAUGCUCGCUGUCCAGAAAAGGGUCUCUAUCGUUCUGGACGCAUUAGAUGAAUCAACUUCGAGGGAUGAUAUUCUCAAGUGGAUCGAGGACAUAAUAUCUAGGCCAGAGUUGGCCCAUGUCCAGUUGUUCUAUACCAGUCGACCUGAGUCCCAAUUUCUGCGCCGCAUCCCAAUACUAAUAGGAGAGGAAGGUUGUCUACCACUUAAUGAGCAGGCUGUCAAUUCCGAUAUCCGUUCAUGGGUCUCAGUACAACUCUCUCAACGGUGCGACUUUACAGAGAAAUCCUUAUCUCAAGGCCUUCUCGAAGAAAUACAAAAGAAGGUUGGCGACGGGGCAAACGGAAUGUUCAGAUGGGCGUUCUGUCAAUUGGACAGCUUAGCUCGAUGUCAUCACCAGGCAGCUAUAGAGGAGGCACUCGCAUCUCUGCCGCUGGAUCUAAAUGAGACAUACCAGCGCAUGAUUGACAGUAUACCGACAGAUCGUAUCAACGAUGCGAUACGCUUGCUUCAGUUUCUGGUGCACUCCAAGAGACCUCUCAAGCUGGUCGAGGCUAAAGAAGUAAUAGCCACCCGGAUCGAAAACGAGCCUAGGGAGUUUGACAUCAAGCGUCGAUUGUUCUGCGAGACUGAUCUUUUAGAUUACUGUCCCGGCUUAGCAAAAAUCUCUCACGGCACGGAUAAAGCGUUACAACUUGCUCACUUUUCGGUAAAAGAGUACCUUCUCAGCAGGAAUGAUUGCCAAAUCACGACUGCUAGCAUUUCCAUCAUGAAGACGUGCCUGAUCUAUCUUACAGAUAUUGAUUGUAGCCAUAGGAAAAUUCAACGGGAUUUUCCGAUGGCAAGAUUUGCUGCAGAAAUCUGGACAGACCAUGCUGCAUUGGCUCAGGCUUCUGAAGAAUUAGUUCGGAUGACAGUCAAUUUUUUAGAAGAUGAAGAGACAUUCCAACGAUGGGGUCGUUUGUAUCAGGCUGAUAUGGCUUGGGACGAUGACCCUGGUCCACCGCGAGGCUCUAGGCUCUACUACGCUUGCUUCAGUGGGCUCAUUGCGCCCGCACGGGAUCUUAUUGGCAAAGGAGCGGAUGUCAACACUCAGGGCGGCCGCUACGGGAACGCUCUUCAGGCCGCCUCAUUAGAAGGUCAUCAAGAGGCUGUCAAACUACUCUUGGAAAAGGGAGCGCAUGUCAACGCGCAGGGCGGCCUCUAUGGCAACGCUCUCCAGGCUGCCUCAUCUAAAGGCUAUCUUCAGAUUGUCAAACUGCUUUUGGAAAAGGGAGCGGAUAUUAACGCCGAGGGUGGUAAAUACGCCAACGCUCUUCAGGCUGCCUCGUCAGAAGACCAUUUAGAGAUUGUUAGACUGCUUCUAAACAAGGGAGCGGAUGUCAAUGCUCAGGGUGGCUUCUACGGCAACGCUAUCCAGGCUGCCUCAUCUGGAGGCUAUCUUCAGAUUGUCAAACUGCUUUUAGAAAGGGGAGCGGAUGUUCAUGCUAAGGGUGGUGAAUACGGCAACGCUCUUCAAGCCGCCUCAUUUAAUGGUAAUACAGGAAUUGUCAAACUACUCUUGGAACAGGGAGCGCAUAUCAACGCGCAGGGCGGCCUCUAUGGCAACGCUCUCUCGGCCGCUUCAUCGGGAGGCUAUCUUCAGAUUGUCAAACUGCUUUUGGAAAAGGGAGCGGAUACUAAUGCCCAGGAUAGCUUUUACGGCAACGCUCUCCAGGCCGCCUCCUAUGAUGGGGAUUCAGGGGUUGCCGAACUGCUCUUAGACAACGGAGCGGACGUCAAUGCUCAAGGUGGCUUCUACGGCAACGCUCUCCAGGCCGCCUCAUUGAGAAGCAAUUUUCAAAUUGUCCAACGGCUUUUGGAAAAGGGAGCGGAUGUUAAUGCUGGGGGUGGUGAAUACGGCAAUGCUCUCCAGGCUGCCUCGUCUAAUGGAAAUUCAGAGAUUGUCAAAAUGCUCUUAGACAAGGGAGCAUAUGUCAAUGCCCAGGGUGGUAGACACGGCAAUGCUCUCCAGGCUGCCUCGUCUAAUGGGGAUUCAGGGGUUGUCAAACUGCUUUUAAACAAGGGAGCGGAUGUCAAUGCCCAGUGUGGCUUUCAUGGCAACGCUCUACAGGCCGCCUCAGCGAGCGACCAUCUUGAGAUUGUUAAAAUUCUCUUAGACAAGGGAGUGGCCAUCAGUAUGCAGGGCGGCUUCUACGGGAAUGCUCUCCAGGCCGCCUCGUCAAAAGGCAAUCUUGAGAUUAUCAAAUUUCUUAUAGACAAAGGAGCGGAUGUCAAUGCCAAGGGUGGUAAAUACGGCAAUGCUCUCCAGGCUGCCUCGUCUAAUGGGGAUUCAGGGGUUGUCAAACUGCUCUUAGACAAGGGAGCGGAUGUCAAUGCUCAGGGGGGCUUCUACGGCAACGCUCUCCAGGCCGCCUCGGCAAGCGACCAUCUAGACAUUGUUAGACUGCUCUUAGACAGGGGUGCGGAUGCUAAUACCCAGGGUGGUAGACAUGGCAACGCUCUCUACGCCGCAUCGUCUAAAACUCAAUCAAGGAUUAUCAAAAUGCUCUUAGAUAAGGGAGUGGACGUCAGCUUGCAGGGCCACUUCUACGGCGAUGCUCCUCUGGCCUCCUCCGCAAGCGAAUAUCUUGAGAUUAUCAAAAUACUCGUCGAAAAGGGAGCGGAUAUCAAUGCCGAUGGUAGUGAAAACGACAACGCUCUCUACGCCGCCUCAUCAGAAGGCCAUCUUGAGAUUGUUGAACUGCUCUUAAACAAGGGAGCGGAUGUCAAUGCUCAGGGUAGCUUCCACGGCAACGCUCUCCAGGCCGCCUCAUUAAAUGACCACCUUGAGAUUGUUAUACUACUCUUAGACAACGGAGCGGACGUCAAUGCUCAAGGUGGCUUCUACGGCAACGCUCUCCAGGCCGCCUCAUUGAGAAGCAAUCUUCAGAUUGUCAAACUGCUCUUAGAAAAAGGAGCGGAUGUUAAUGCUGAGGGUGGUGAACACGCCAACGCUCUCCAGACUGCCUCAUCGAGAGGCCACCAAGAGAUUGUCGAACUUCUUUUGGACCACGGAGCUCACUUUAACGGGCGUGGCGGCGACUGCAUGAAACAAAUUGAAAUGCCUUCCCUCAACGACUCUGGGAUCCUUCAAGCCUCUCUCAGAUAA